UCUGCUUCUCAUUAUCUCUAAUAGAGCUACCUUUACGUUCCUUGCCCUAGGGCAUUCUCCUUACAGAAAGUAAGAUCUCAUAAAGCUCUGAUAACUCUCUUUCCAGGUUUCCAUUUUCUUUGUACUGCAACUUCCUUUGUAACUUUUCCACAAAAAAGCUUGUUACUAAGUUUCCAAUGGCUUCCACUAGCUCCGAAACACCCUCUUUACCUGGUUCGAACUUCGAUGUUUUUCUCAGUUUUCGGGGUGAGGACACCCGCCAUGGCUUUACAGACCAUUUAUAUGCGGCAUUUAUAUCGAAAGGCAUUGAAGCCUUUAGAGACAACGAAAAACACCAUCUAGGACAAGAAAUUGCUUCUGAGCUCAUACAAGUAAUAGAAAAAUCCCAGUAUGCAAUCGUUGUUUUCUCAGAAAAAUAUGCCGAUUCUAGGUGGUGCUUGGAUGAACUUGCUGAAAUUGUUGAAUGCAAAAAAAAUAAGGGACUUAAAGAAGUGGUGCCCGUCUUUUACCACGUAGAUCCCUCCGACGUACGGAAGCAGACUGGGCCGUUUAAAAAAGCCUUUGACGAACAUCAAAGAAAUGACAGAAUCGACAGGGAGAAGAUCCAGAAAUGGAAGGAUGCUAUGAGAGAAGUGGGGAAUUUAAAAGGCGAGCAUUUACUGCCACAUCAAAGGUCUGAGGCAGAAUGUAUCAAAGUCAUUGUGAAAGAGAUAUCAAAUAAAUUGAAAAAUACAUUCUCAGCGGAUACUGUUGGACUAAUAGGAAUGGAAUCCCGAGUUGAGAAAUUGAAGUCACACUUAGCUAUAGAGUCAAAUGAUGUUCGCACUAUAGGAAUUUGGGGGACAGGAGGAAUGGGUAAGACAACUCUUGCAAGUGUUGUUUAUGGAAUGGUUUCCAAUAAAUUUGAUGCUUGCUGUUUUAUCGAAAAUAUUAGGGAAGAAUCUAAAAAACAGGGUUUACAUAAGAUACAACAAAUACUUUUGAGGAAACUUUUGAAUUAUAGAGAUUUGGAGGUAGACAAUGUUUAUGAUGGAGUUCUCAUGAUAAAAAGGAGGUUAUGUAACAAAAAGAUUCUUCUUGUUCUUGAUGACGUAAAUGAAUUAGACCAAUUGAAGAAGUUAGCUGGGGAGCGUUGUUGGUUUGGGUCAGGUAGUAGAAUUAUGAUAACAACAAGAGAUAAGCAUUUGUUGGAGUUGCAUGAAGCAAAUGAAAUAUACGAGGUUGAAGAAUUGAAUCAUGAUGAAGCUCUUAAACUUUUUAGUUUGAAAGCUUUUAAAAUGGACCAUCCGCCUAAAGAUUAUGGAAAGCUAUCUCAAGCUUUUGUAGAUUAUUGUAAGGGGCUUCCUUUGGCCCUUGAAGUUUUGGGUUCUUCCUUUUAUAAAAAAAGCAUUGGUGAAUGGAAAAGUAAACUGGAUAAGCUCACCGAAUUUGGUGAAAGAACAAUUUUUGAUGUGUUUCAAAUAAGUUUUAAUGGACUAGAUCAUACAGAGAAGGAUAUUUUCUUAAAUAUUGCAUGCUUUUUUAAUCACAAUGAUCAAAAUGAUGUCAAAAAAAUACUAGACUAUCUUGGGCUUCAUGCUGGAAUUGGACUGAGUGAUCUUAUUGAUAAGUCUCUCAUUAAAUUGCAUGAAAACCAAUUGUGGAUGCAUGAUUUACUACAAGAAAUGGGUCGAGAUAUAGUUCGUCAAGAGUGCAAAGAUCCUGAGGAGCGUAGUAGAUUGUGGUCAUUAGACGACAUCAACAAUGUGCUGACAGAAAAUACGGGAACAAAGGAAAUUCAAGGCAUAGUGCUAGUGUUGCAUGAACCAAAAAAUCUAAAAUGGAAUUCUGAGGCCUUUUCAAAGAUGCGAAAUCUAAAAUUGCUUAAAAUUUGUGGUGUUCCACUUAUGCAUGAUCUCAAACAUCUUCCUAAUAGCUUAAUAGUUCUUGAUUGGAGAGAGUACCCUUCAAAACCGGUGACAUCAAGUUUCCUAUCAAAGUGUUUUGAGUAUUUGAAAUUCAUUACUCUAAAACUUACUCUAAAACUUACUGAAGGCCCAGACAUUAUUAACGUCCCAAAUCUUAAGAGUUUGGUUCUUGAAGAUUGUAUAAAUUUACGUAGGAUUCAUCCAUCAAUUGGAACGCAUAAAAAGCUUACUAUUCUUAAUUUACGGGGAUGCAAGAAUCUCAGAAGUCUUCCAAGCAAGUUUGAAAUGGAGUGUCUUGAGGAAAUUAAUCUUUGUUGGUGCUCAAAAAUAACAAAACUUCCAGAAUUCAGCAGAAACAUGAAACGUCUACACGCCCUUUAUUUAAAUAGUGUUGCAAUUACAACAGUACCCACGUCAAUUGAGCAUUUGGCUGCCCUACACCACCUUAAUUUGUGUGGUACUGCAAUUACAACACUACCCACGUCAAUUGGGCAUUUGGCUGCCCUACGGAGACUUAAUUUGAUUGAUACUGCAAUUACAACACUACCCACGUCAAUUGAGCAUUUGACUGGCCUUUGUGCAUUGGAUUUACGUAAUUGCAAAAAUCUUGUGCAUUUACCUGAUGCCAUUUUUAAUUUAAAGUCGGUUACACUAGUCGACCUUAAGGGAUGCUCAAAAUUGGAUAGACUGCCAGAGAACCUAGGGAAUGCCGAAAGUCUACAGAAUUUGGAUUUGAGCGAAACUGCUAUAAGAAAGGUCCCUUCUUCCAUUGGUCUAUUAAAACAUCUUCGUUCGCUACAUUUCAAAGGAUGGAAGGGGUUAUCAUCUAAUAAAUCGUGGUAUGAUUCAAUGCCAACAAGUCCUCAUCCCAUCGACUUGCUAUUCUCUUCUCUAUCUCUAUCACCUGCGUCUUCUUUGACCCGAUUGAACUUAAAAGACUGCAAUCUCAAGGCAAUCUCCAAUGAUAUUGGUUCCUUAUUCUCUUUGGAAGAAUUGGAUCUAAGUGGAAAUGAUUUUGUUUGCCUUCCGGAAAGCAUCAUUCGACUUUCGAAUUUGCUAACGAUGAAGUUGAAUAAUUGCACAAGUCUUCAAUCAUUGCCAAAGCUUCCAUCGAAUAUUGGAGGAGUUUGGGUAGAAGGUUGUAUCUCACUGGAAAUGUUAGCAGAUCCAUUAAAACCAAGCGAUUCAUUGGAACCAUCUCUCCAUCUUCAAAAUUGCUUUCAAUUGGCUGACAAUCAAAGCUGCAUAGACUGGUUUAUCUCAAGGAUAAAAAAGUACUUCAAGCUCUCUCCCCCUCUCCAUCUCUCCCGGUCUCACUUUCUCUGUCCUCAUUAUAACAUUGUUAUUCCUGGAAGUGUUAUUCCUGAGUGGUUUAGCCACCAAAGCAUGGGGAAUGAAAUGAAAAUAAAACAACCUUCUCAUUUGUAUAAUGAAUGGAUGGGAAUUGCUAUUUGCCUUGUGAUUUGUCGGCGUUAUCAACGCUUUCUUAGCUGUACGUUGACAGCCAAUGGAAACAGAAUUCAUAUUGGUAACGAUACCUCAAUUGAUAAGGUUUUAUCAGAUCACCUUUGGCUAGUCUAUCUGACUCCUAAAUUCUUAUCAAAUAAAUUAUUGUGGGAAGGUGACGGGAAUGGAUCCAGUCAGAUUAGAAUUAAAAUUGAAACCGAAGAUUGGUUGGAUUCGGUGAAGGUAAAAAAAUGGGGGUUCCGUAUGAUAUACAAGAAAGACAUAGAAGAUCUUGACCGAACAAUGGUCCAGUAUAGCAACAGCAGCAUUACUUCUUAUGAUGGCAUGGAUGUUGUCCAUCAUAAUUUCAGCAAUUCGUCAGUGGCAGUGGAAUGUCACAAAGUCAAGCGCAGUAGUGAUGAUUACAAUGGGGCUGGACCCAGUGGAGAAGGAAGCUCUAAUGAAACCCAUGGUAACUCUGAUUCUGAGGAGUCAAGUGAGUACAAGGACUGUGGUGAGGAGUUAAGCGAUUGGGACGAAUCUAAUGACAGUAACCCCGAUGCUUAAUCAACUUUUCAUCAGUUGUUUCGGAUCAUGACCAAGUUCAACCACCCAUGCCCAUCUCACAUGUUCAUCUUUAUAGUAAUUAGACCCAAGUAGGCAAGCAAGUAUUUAACAAGAUUGAAAAUGGGAGAAGGGUAACUAAUAGUCCAAAAAACAAAGAAAAGCCUCAACAGCAGCAAGAAAAGCAAAUCCAAACCUUUAGAGAGGGUUCAACUACAACCAAUCCUGUUGGAGGAGAGUUGUAAGGGUAGGGGAUGGAAAUAGCGGGGAUCCAAUUUCUUUUUUAAAAAUAGAGAAUAUGCAUGUCCAUAGCUGCUUGUGAGGAGUCAAGUGAGUGAUUAGUGACCUGAGAUUUUUUCAUUGGAAGGAAUUUUAUGAAGUGACCCAGAAGGUUGAUCAACGUUUUUCUCUCUAUCGCCCAUCACGAGCAGGGCAAAACUGUUCAUGCUCAUUUCACAGGAUAAAACAAACCAAAAGACUUAUCUCCAUAGGUAACCUAGCUUGGCUACCCUAUCAAAGUGACUCAACUAGAAUUAGAAUCAAAGGAUAACAGAAAUUAAACCUGAGCAUACAACAAACUUAGCCAUAAAUUACUAACCUAAUUCUUUGGUGCAUAUUCAAUCAGGCAAGCAACUGUGCAGAAAAGGUUGAAAAAUAGAGAAGCACCUAAUUAGAGAGCUGUACUCUCCAGAAGUGGCUGCUCAAAUUUUAGCUAUCCCUAUCUCAAGCUGUUGAGUUACUGAUAAGCUGCUAUGGCCUCAUACAACACAACAUAGUAUGCACAAGCCUAUGAUGCGCAACAUGUUGAUUAGAGUAACUACUAGUGUACCAGGGCAAGUGUGUCCGGUCAUGGAAGGAUGGCAAGUGUUGCUGACAGUUGAAGGGCACUGGCAGAGCAAGUGCAAAUGGGUUUGUUUUGCCCAUGUAGCUAAAUCAUGUGCUGGCAGAUAAUUUUUUGGCUGUUCCAGUAAUGCCGUAUGCAAACGAGUGGAAGCUUACCGUUUGAGAAGCAUUUUUUCCAGGCUUGUUUUGGUUAGUGGAAGAUUGGAGGACCUGUGUUUGGAAAAGAAGAAGGUUCCUUGGCAACUUGCUGCGCUGACUGAAGAACACGAGUGCAAGGGAGUUGGAGAACGCCAGUGGUGUACAUUGGUUGUGCAUGGGAGUUACUAAUGAGGCUAAAACCCAGGUCUGCACAAGUCUUUAAUGCCCAACAAGCAGAUCAGAGUAACUGCAGGAAAGUACCAAGGCAGGUGUUUCAAGUUGUGGAGGGUUGUAGGAGUUGCUGACAAUUUAGGGACACUAGCAGAGAUAGUGUGAACGGGAUGGUUUUGGCUUUGUAGCCAAAUCAAGUGUCGGCAGGCUGUUGCAGUUCUUUCACAUGCAAUCAAAUGGCAUGCAGCUAGAUGCCACUGUUCGGAAAGCAUUAACUAAGGCUAUACAGCUUGGUUUUUGUAGACUUGUUUCCAUAAUUUCUAUGAGUGGAGGACCUAUUUUUGAGAUGAAGGUUUCCUGGGCAACUUGCUGUGCUGAUUGAAGACCACCAGUGCAUGGAAUUUGGAGAACGCUAGUGGUUGUAUAUUUUGUGCAUAAGAGAGUUGCUACAAAUGUUGGGGCCUUGCUUCAAAUUCUUUUGAACAUUUUUGGACUCUACUACCAGCCAACGCUUCAGACAUUAUUGUAUUAAUAAACCACACCCAAAAAGAAAAAAGAAGACGAAAAGAAAUAAGUUAAAAUAACACCUUUUCUGGACUAAUUUAAGCCAUGGCAUGCAACUACAUGCAAUCAUUAACAUUGUAAGACAUCAUAUAAGAGAUUCAUGUACUUAACGUGAAAAUCAUAUUCAACUCUCCUUUUAGAUUCAAAUAAGAGCAAUUGAAUUAACCAUCU